UGUUUGCCGGAUGGACAAUUUUCAUCACAGGAGACACUAAGUAUUUGGUUGUGUAUUGGAAGUCAACAGAUUCUGCUGGACACAGGUGACCUAAGUUGCCCCAUAGCAUCCAAGUCACCCUGGAUGUUGGUCCAUCGAUGUCCUCCAGACCAUCCCCUGUGCUCUGCCUGGGAUCUCCAAAGCACCGGUCCAACUGACAUUCUUUGGAACUUAGUGGAGAAUCUAGAAUCUCCCACUUCAAAGAUAUUCCAAUGCUCACAGGGAACUGUUGGCUGCUGCUCCUCUGGUGUCUUUUGGAUAAAGGCUUUGUGGCCCCGCUCCACUCCCCAUCCUCCCACGGCAGGACGGGAAAGGAGCACCACCGAGGCUCAGCGGCAGGACUGAGGAGGCACGGACACUCUGGAGCCCACAGGGUCAAGAGGGGAUGGGUGUGGAAUCAGUUCUUUGUGCUGGAGGAGUACAUGGGUUCGGAGCCACAGUACGUCGGCAAGCUCCACACUGACAUGGAUCGAGGAGACAACAUGGUGAAGUACACCCUCUCGGGAGAAGGGGCAGGCUCCAUCUUCACCAUCGAGCCCAUGACUGGAGACAUCCACGCCUUAAGGAGCCUGGACCGGGAGGAGAAACCUUUCUACACGCUACGCGCGCAGGCGGUGGACCUGCGCACAGGCCGGCCCCUGGAACCGGAGUCUGAGUUCAUCAUCAAAGUGCAAGACAUCAAUGACAAUGAGCCGAGGUUCCUCGGCGGGCCAUACGCGGCCACGGUACCGGAGAUGUCACCCGUAGGUACCUACGUGACUCAAGUGACAGCAAGUGACGCUGACGACCCCACCUACGGACACAGCGCCAGGAUUGUGUACAGCAUCAUCCAUGGGCAGCCAUACUUCUCAGUGGACUCAAAAACAGGGAUUAUCCGGACAGCUUUGCCAAACAUGGACCGGGAGGUAAAGGAAGUUUACCAGGUCCUCAUCCAAGCCAAGGACAUGGCUGGCCAGCUCGGGGGACUUGCAGGAACCACAACCAUAAAUAUCACCCUCACUGACGUCAAUGACAACCCUCCAAGGUUCACGAAAAGUAUCUUCCAUCUGCGCGUUCCAGAGGACUCGGCCGUCGGGUCGGCCGUUGGCAAGAUUGUCGCCCACGACCUGGACGAUGGGAAGAAUGCCCACGUGGAGUACAGCAUCGUGCCUGGGGACGGCGGCACAGUGUUUGACAUUGUCACCAAUGAGCAGAGCCAGGAGGGCAUGGUGAUCCUCAAAAAGAAACUCGACUACGAGACCAGAAAGGCGUACACCUUCAAAGUGGAAGCUUCAAACGUGCACUUGGACCCGCGGUUCCUGAGCCAGGGCCCGUUUAAGGACGCGGCGACGGUGAAGGUGAACGUUCUUGACGUGGACGAGCCGCCGGUGUUCAGCAAGAGCCACUACAGCAUGGAGGCCUACGAGGACACGCCCGUGGGGCUGACCGUGGGGGUGGUGAGAGCCCAGGAUCUGGAUGUCGGCAGCAGUCCAAUUAGAUACUCCAUUGACUGGAAGAAGGAUCUGGAGCAAGCGUUUGACAUUGACCCAGAGGAAGGGACUAUCACAGUCAGUGAGUUGCUGGACCGGGAGACUGUAACACAACACAACAUCACUGUUGUUGCCACUAAAGUUAACAACCCACAUCUGUUCAGCAAGGCAGCUGUGACAAUUACCGUGCUGGAUGUCAAUGAGUUUGCCCCCGAACUUGUCAUUCCACCAGAGACGGUUGUUUGUGAAAAUGCCAAAAUAGGCCAGGUGAUUCAGAUGGUCAGUGCACGGGACACGGAUCUUCCUCCUAUGGGUCAGAGAUUCUACUUCAAGUCACCAAAAGACACCCGCAGUAGGAACUUUACCAUACGGGACUUUGGAAACAACACGGCAGGCGUGGUGACCCGGCGGUCGGGCUUCCGGCGGCAGCAGCAGCGCUGGUACACGGUGGGCGUGGUGGUGGAGGACGGCGGCUACCCGGUGCUGAGCAGCACGGCCACGCUGUCGGUGCAGGUGUGCUCGUGCGGGCCGGGCGGGGCGGGCGCGCUGGUGUCGUGCGGCGCCGAAGCCGUGUUCCUGCCCGUGGGCCUGAGCACGGGGGCGCUGGUGGCCAUCCUGCUGUGCGUCGUCAUCCUGCUGGUGAUAGUGGUGCUGUACGUGGGCUUGCGGCGGCACAAGGACAAGGAGGCUCUGAUGUCGUCCAAGGAAGACAUCCGGGACAACGUGAUCCACUACGAUGACGAGGGAGGCGGCGAGGAGGACACGCACGCCUUUGACAUCGGAACGCUACGGAACCCGAAAGCCGCGCAAGAGACGGCGCUGCGGAGGGACGUGAGGCCCGACGGGCGCUCCCUCUCGGACCUUGCCGGCGCCGCCGGGGCCUGCUCCGAGGACAGCGAGGACAUCCGGGCGUACAUCCACCAGCGGCUCACGGAGAACCACGCCAGCGGCUCCGCAACGCCCUACGACUCGCUGGCCACGUACGCGUACGAGGGCGACGGGUCGGUGGCCGAGUCCCUCAGCUCCAUUGAGUCAUGGGACGCCCCUCCCGAGGAGGAGUUUGAGGGCAUUAGUGACUGGGGCCCACGCUUUAAAACCCUGGCCGGCCUCUUCGGGGACCAGGAGGCCCAGGCCAAAGAGGUCAGUGACAGCAAGGACUCCCACUGACAAGAAAGAGAACUAUACAAUUCACACAAAAAAGAGACUCCAUGUUUGUAUUAGAUUAUAAUGAAUGAGUUUGUUUAUUUGUUUGGAACACCUAAGGAGCACACAGAAAAGGAAACGGUAUGACAUCAACAAAAAAAGAGAGACUUUUUCUGGCUUUGAUUUCCCCUUUUCCUUUUUUUUUGUUAUCUCUGUCACUCUCUUAUGUUUCUGUGGAUUGCUGUCACUGUAGUCUGGAGCAAGACUCUCCUUCUGAAAUACUAGACUUUGUCAUUUGUUUGUUGUUGAUGUUUUCAGAAAAAAAGAGUUAGUAGUGUGUCUAUCUUUGGACUUUUCUGUGUAUCCUUUGAUAUAUCAUUAAGUGCCUCAGGAAGAGUGGUUUUGUAAGUCUAUGCUGUACUCCAUCUAUUCAGCCCUGCAAAAUAAAACGCUACGCUAUGUAGCGAUCUCGCAAUUCAUAGUAAACAGCAGAACUGUCAUAUGGAAAGAACGGAUAUUGCACUCAAUACCUCCUACCCUUCAAUUUGCCAAAUGCAUUGCAAAAUUACAGUGGACUGUAACUGUUUAUAAAUAAACACACUGAACAGAAAAUACAUUUUUGUAAUACCUGUACAAAUGAAUAAAAACAUGUUAA